GUUUUGAUCGUUCAUGCGUUUCGAAUUUAUACUACUGGCCAAGCAUCUGACGUUAGCCCAUGGAACAGAUCUCGACUUCGCAUGAUACCCACAACCCCACAACUACAACACCUCAAGAGAUGAUGCACAUCUGAUGAUGUCGUACCCCACUCGGUUUUCCCAGGUUCUCGAGUUAUUCACUCAUUCUGGAAGGUCCUGGGAGAAGGAAUUGGUAGACUGUAAUCUUCAGUACUGUGAGUGGACAUAGUCAGAUAUCCAAUACUCGAGUAUAAACUUCGGACAGACAGGUCAUCAAUAGGGAUCAUACCGUGGGGUUUGCCAUUCUGUCCAUCCAUACUCUGCUUCAACGUGCGUACUGUAAAGGUAUCUUUCCAAAAUGUAUCUUUCAGUUGUGAGCCUACUUGCUCUCUCGGGUAUCGUAACUGCCCACAGCAGUCAUGACCAGACUCCUCUGGCUGGACCGCACCAAAGGUUGUGGUACAAUACACUCCCCGGAGAUGGUGGCACUCAGGCCGACUCUGUCUUCUCUGGCAUCUCUACCUUUGGCCGGCUGCCUUACUUUCCUUGUCUCUCCAGCGAAGCCGAGAGAUAUGACAUUGCAUUCAUCGGUGCUCCCUUUGACACUGGUACAUCGUAUAGACCCGGAGCAAGAUUCGGACCCAGCGGAAUCCGACAAGGAUCUCGCCGCCUCAACCUCUAUGGCGGGUAUAAUGUGCCUCUGCAAGCGAACCCUUUUGUCAGCGAUCUGAGAGUCCUGGAUUGCGGAGAUAUCCCUGUAACAUCUUAUGACAACGCCUGGGCUAUCCAACAGAUUGAAGAGGGUCACAAUAGUGUUCUAAUGCGCAAACCAUUCACCGAUGCUGAGAAGUACGGACUCUCCAAGGCUGGAAAGACCCUUCCACGCAUCAUCACCCUGGGAGGUGACCAUACCAUUACCUUGCCGUUGCUGCGCAGUAUAAAUAGGGCCUACGGACCUGUUACUGUUAUCCACUUUGACAGCCACCUGGAUUCCUGGAAGCCAAAGGUAUUCGGCGGCUCACCUAGUCAGGUCGCCGCAAUUAACCACGGCACCUACUUCUACCACGCCGCGAUGGAAGGCCUGCUGAAGAACGACACCAACAUCCACGCCGGUAUUCGCACUACGCUUUCCGGUCCAUCCGAUUACGAGAACGACGGAUACUGUGGGUUCGAAAUCGUUGAAGCUAGAGAGAUUGAUACUAUUGGAACGGAUGGCAUCAUCAAGAAGAUAAGGGAGAGGGUUGGUACCGAGAACCCUGUUUACCUCUCCAUUGAUAUCGAUACCCUUGAUCCUGCUUAUGCACCGGCAACCGGGACACCCGAAACGGGAGGUUGGUCGACGCGUGAGCUCCGCACUAUCAUUCGUGGACUGGAUGGAUUGAACUUCAUCGGUGCGGACAUCGUUGAAGUUGCACCUGCUUAUGAUACAAAUGCUGAGCUUUCUACUAUGGCCGCUGCAGAUGUUCUCUAUGAGGUUCUUACCAUCAUGGUCAAGAAAGGUCCGCUGUCUGUUGGCCGCUCUGAUGAGCUGUAGUUGAUGGACGCUGCAUUGGGAAAUUGACUGGUCACGGGCUUCUGCGGUUAUUUUAUCCAUGACUUCAGAAUCUGGCGCUUGAAGGCAUUGCGUUACAGCUUUUCACACGGAGGUAGAGGUGUUGUCAGAGGAGUUUGAAUGUCCAGACGUAGAAUUUGAGUGAAAUAAUAACAACUAUCCGUAAAGGUGAUACCUCCUGGAAGACUGUAUAAUGAUAUUGCCACAUAUUUUUAUCCAUGUAUGGCAUGAUCGCUAAAUACUUGACCUAAUUAUCCCUGCAAUGAAAAUAAGAUAUAU